CACCCACCCCUCUGCGGGCACUCGUUCGUGUCACUUCGUGUCCCCCUGUCCCGAGAGCGCCGGGCGUGCUCCCAGUGCUCCCAGAGCCUGCUGGGGCUCUGCACAUCCCCGGCACGGCUUUGGGACUAAAACCCAGCUACGGACCCGGGAGAAACGGGGACGUGGCAGGGGAGCCGCGCUCAUUGCCUCGCUCGGGGAGCUGAUAUGGAGAGGGAGAGCGGGAAAGGGGGGUGAUACGCUCGCUGGAAAGGUGGCACUUAGAUCCCCGCACACUUCUCUGGAGCGGAAAGUGGCUCCGCAGGGCGAGGCUGCGGCCGCAAGAGAGCGCUGCGGCUGCACCCACACUGCCCGGCGCUGGAUACGACCCGCGGCAGCCGGACAGCGGGGCCGGGCCCCUCGGCCACCGCCCAGGGACAGCAUGGGCCACAGCCGGGGGACUGCAUGGGCCACUGCCAGGGGACUGCAUGGGCCACUGCCAGGGAACUGCAUGGGCUGGGGACAGCAUGGGCCACAGCCCGGGGACAGCAUGGGCCACUGCCAGGGGACUGCAUGGGCUGGGGACAGCAUGGGCCACUGCCAGGGGACAGCAUGGGCCACUGCCAGGGGACUUCAUGGGCUGGGGACAGCAUGGGCCACAGCCCGGGCACAGCAUGGGCCACAGCCGGGGGACAGCAUGGGCCACUGCCAGGGGACUGCAUGGGCUGGGGACAGCAUGGGCCACAGCCCGGGGACAGCAUGGGCCACUGCCAGGGGACUGCAUGGGCUGGGGACAGCAUGAGCCACUGCCAGGGGAGAGCAUGGGCCACAGCCCGGGGACCGCAUGGGCCACUGCCAGGGGACAGCAUGGGCUGGGGACAGCAUGGGCCACAGCUGCCCCAGGGACCCUCCUCACUCACCACGAGGCUGGGAUCCCUCACUGCCUAAGGACGUUGCGUUGGCUGAUGCCAUGGUCACCUCUGGGCAGAGCCUGCUGAGGAUGAGGAUGACGAGGAAGAGGAAGAAGAGGUGGAGAAUAAAAACCCACCGAAAAAGCUCAAGAAGAAGCUUCCCAAAGAGCCCCUCCCAGGUGGGGGGGAGAAGAAGCUGAAGACGAAGGAAGACAAGAGUCACCCUGACAACAAAGCCAAAUCUGCCAAAAGCACCAAGAAGGAGCCAAUGUCCAUGUUCCAAGUGAAGAAGGAGAAGAAAAGCAAGAAGAAAGCUGCCACCAGCAGCGAUGAGGAGGACGAUUCCGACUCCAGCACCAAACCCAUUAGGUCAGAGAAGAAAAACCCAGCAUCCCUCUUUCAGACUGGUGGGGACCCCCCAAAAGAGAAAAAAUCCAAAAAGAAAGUUCCUCUCAAAGGGGCUGAGAGUGAGGAGGAGACCCCAGAGACCCUGCAAAAAAACUCCAACAAGAAGGGGAAAGCAAAGAAAUCAAAGAAGCAGAAGGAGGAGAGGCCCCCGUCCCCUGUCAUCGAGGUGGACAACCUGGAGGAGUUUGUGCUGCAGCCGGCGCCGCAGGGGGUGACCAUCAAGUGCCGGGUGACACGGGACAAGAAGGGCAUGGACCGGGGGCUUUACCCCACCUAUUACCUUCACUUGGACAAUGACAAGAAGGUGUUCCUCCUUGCUGGGAGGAAGCGUAAGAAGAGCAAAACCUCCAACUACCUCAUCUCCAUUGACCCCACUGACCUGUCACGGGGUGGAGAGAACUUCAUCGGGAAGCUGAGGUCCAACCUGAUGGGUACGAGGUUCACCGUGUUCGACAAUGGCACCAACCCUGACAGGGCCAAUGCUGACUGGUCCAACGUGCGGCAGGAACUCUCGGCCGUGGUCUACGAGACCAACGUUUUAGGGUUCAAAGGCCCCCGGAAGAUGACUGUCAUCAUCCCUGGGAUGAAUGCUGACUGUGAGAGGGUGCCCAUCCGGCCCCGGAACGAUAACGAUGGCCUCCUGAUGCGAUGGCAGAACAGGAACAUGGACAACGUGAUUGAGCUGCACAACAAAGCCCCAGUGUGGAACGACGAGACCCAAUCCUACGUCCUCAAUUUCCACGGCCGGGUCACCCAUGCCUCCGUCAAAAAUUUCCAGAUCGUGCACAGCAGUGACCCCGAGUACAUUGUGAUGCAGUUCGGGCGUGUGGCAGAUGACGCCUUCACCAUGGAUUACAACUACCCCCUGUGCGCCGUGCAGGCCUUCGCCAUCGCCCUCUCCAGCUUUGACGGGAAGCUGGCCUGCGAGUAGCACCUGCAGUGGGGCUGCCGGCACCAGCGGGGCUGCCUGCCUGUGCCCGGAGGAUGUUCCUGCAUCCCUGUCCUGUUCCACUCCCUGCAUUUUCACCUUCUUGCAGUCACGGUUGUUCCUGGGGUGGUUCAAGGCAUCUGGUGCCCACUGAGGAUGCUCACCUGGCUGCAGCCACUCUCUUCAGGCAAAUUUGUGGCAAAUCGUUGGGCUGGGGUGAUGGCAGAGCCAGGCUGGAGGUAUAUUCAUAUUCAGCAGAUGAGGCUGACUGCAAUCCCUGUCUCAUUCCUUUGGACUCAGAUGCUGGAAACUCAUCCCCACCCCGCUUUUAUUACUUUUUUUUUUUUUUAUAUAUGGUUUGGAUCUUUAUGCUCAUUCUCCCAGUGAGAAAGGGGUAGGUGGUCUCCCCACUUUGUGUUUCCUCAUCCCUACCCACAUGCAGGUGGGCUCUGCCUUAGCUCCCAGCUAAAGACCCCCAUCCCAGCUCAUUGGCCACUAGGCACAAAGCCCCUCUUUGGCCCCAUUUUGCCCUGGUGUGAGGGGAUGGCUGGUGCCCAUGGUGUGUUUGUACCCACUGGGUCUCACCACACUGCCCAGAAAAUGCUGGGGAUUUGGGUCCCUAAGAAGCAGCCUGGCACCAGCAGCGCACAGGCACGUGCUGAGGGGUGACAGUGCCAGCAGAGGAGGGCUGGCAAGCACAUGAGACAGAGCUUGCACUGCUGGCAGGUGGCCCAGCUGGGUCAAUGCUGCCAGGAGAGACCUGGAAGAGAAAACUCAGGGUGCACCAGGAAGCAGUGGAGUGACUCAUGAGGUGUGGUGCGGUGCUGAGUCACGCUCAGCACCCAGACAGGCCCUGCUGAGCUCCCCGUGCCCUCAGCUCUUGCUGCUCCUCUACUCUGUGACACCCCUGCAGACCCCACGUGCCCCAGAUGUCCCCACAGCUGCCUCACUGGUGCUCUCUGUUGAUGAGAGAUGGACAGAAGGUGCCAUCCCCUGCCUCAGGCUGGUGGGGAGCUGGGGUGACACCAAUGCAGGGAGGCUGAAGAGAGGCAGCUCAGUGGGAGCAGGACAGCUCAUGCCCCCAGUUUCACCAGUUAUGGGGUGAGGAUUUGGCUGCACAAACAGUCCCAAAUCUGAUUAAUUCAGUGGUGAGAAAAACGAGGACAUGACAAGGAGCCUUGGAACACUGUCUGCAGAUCUCUGGUCAUGUUUCUCUCACCUGCUCAGCUCUCCUGCUGACUCACGUGGGAUUCCCUUCCCAGGACACAAAGGGGUUGCUCCCCAAUUCUGGGGGUGAUACAAGCCCCCCAGGUUAAUACAGCUGAAAGGCAGCUGCAGCAGAAAGGCUGAGGAGCAGAUGGACGAGAUGGAUGUGAUUUUGCAAGAGGGAUGCUCAUCCUCUCUGGGCAGUGUCCCAACAUCACCGUGGCCUGGCCUGUCUGCUUGGGGCUGAGGGCAGAUGACAGUGACAGGGGGACCAUUGGUGAACAUCUGCCCCUUUGCAGAUGGGAGUGGAGACUUUCCCCAGCUGUAUGAAUCUGGGCUUCAUGGUUCACAGGCAGAUGCUCGUGGUGAGGCAGGCAGAGGUGGACAGCUUGGGGACAAACCAGCCCGCGUGGGACAUCACCCAUUACACACACUCAGAGAACAUCUUGUGAGCCAGAGGGAGAACCAGCCACAGCAGUUCGGGGCCAGCAUCCCUGGUGAGGUAUGGCCAGCAAAUGUGGGGAAAGCAAGAGUUUUCUGCCCAAAUCCAGCCACAAACCCAACAUCUGUUUGAAAUCGGGAUGAGCUCAGCUAACGGUUGAGCUAAUACUUGUCCCCAUUUCCUCCAAUGCAAGGAGAAAAGCAGCAGGAUGAGAGAGAGGGAUUUGGGCUCCCCAGGUUCUGUCUGCUGUUACCUCCAGGUUGAUUCUCCCUCUCCUCACCCAAAACAUUUCCAUUUUCCAUUUGCCCAUUGUUGCUUGCAAACCCUUCAGGUUUCCUGGCCCGUUGCCCAUGGCAGAGCGAAGUCCCUGCCAUGGGUGUCCCAUGCAGUGUCACCCAACCUCAGAGCAGCCGCUGCAUCAGCCCACCCGAAAUCCCUUUUACAAACCCUCUAACGCAAACCAACUGUGGCAGAAGAAACAAAUGAGAACAAUUUAAUAGGGCGAUGGAUAUUUGGGCCCUUUGUUUGCGCUGGCUGUUAACACCAGAGGAGAUGAGGGAUGGAAGCAGUUGAAAUGUGUAUCUACUUUGGCCGGCGGAAAGUGUGACGGAUGCGCCGGCAGACCAAUGGCUGAGGAUGCUGGGGUGUGCGUGGGUGUGAAAGGAAUGCUCGCUGCAAGAAAAGAUAAAAAAAAAAAAGAAGAAAGAGCCUUAUCAAUGGUGUUUGAGUCCAAAGUGUGUGUAUUCCUUGGAGAAAGGGUUUCCUCAAUCCCUGGGGAUAAUGUUUUCCCUGCAAUGUGAGACUUUGAGGUUUCUGAAGUUUCAUUUUAGGGGCACUGGCACCGGGCUGGUGCUGCAGGCAUGGAUUUAACCCCACAAAGUGCUCGUGCAGGGGCACAAGCAUGGCCAGUGGCCAGAGGUGACUGUCGUCAGCUCCUCAAGGGAGCCUCCUGGGAAAUGCGUUUUAUUUUUGCAGAGAUGCUUAUAAGGCAAAGGGGAGGAAAAAAAUAAGGCCCCACCUCGGUGCUGAACAGCACAUCCCAGGCAGGAGCAGUGUCACUGCAAUGCUGGCAGCUCUCUCCAGGGUUCAUCCCCAUCCCACGCUGAUGAGUGGAAAGAUGCUGCUCCAGAGCUGAGCAGGAAGGAGGAUGUGAGGGCUCUUCUCCAGCUGCUGGCUUCUACCUCUUCCGAAGACCCCUGGGGUUUGGGGGGCUCCAUGCACCCAGUUCUGAGCUCUCUUGAGGGGGCUGACAGAUAUUUCCAUGAGUUCCAGAAGGCAAACGUCCCAGCGGGAAGGAAGGAGGGAAGGGCUGGGACAUCCUGGGGGCUGCAGGAGGGGAGACCAGCCCUGGGAAACUCCUUGUCCAGCAGUGGAAGGGCUGGAGCUGUUUGGUUCCCAGUAAGCUGCCCUGGCCCCAGCCCUGCGGGAUCUCUCUCCAGCUUUGAAGUGGCGAUACUUUAAUUAAUAAAAGAAGUUAUUGUGACGAGGUGUUCUUCUGUUCCCUCCCCCUCCUCUUGUAUUUAUUUAGGUAACAUUUUUUAGAGGGAAAGGCAGACUCAUUGCUGGUUAGCUCGGCUGUGGCUUUGUAGGAUGGGCUCCUUCUUGAUGCUGCAAGCGACAGGCAGCAAUGGGAAAGCCAAUAUUUUUCAACUGCUUUUUAAAAGGAGUCAUUUUUUAAUUAGUGAAUCCAUUCUGGAUAAGUGUUGGAGUU